AUGGUGAACAGUGAGCAAGCCGUUAGAUUGUUGUUAAGUCUAACCGUUGCAAUUAUCGUGUUCGAAAUUUACACGUCUUCCAUUCAACAUCAUAUUUUCUACGCAAAACCGUUUUUUGGUACUGAAAACAGUGAGUCGAAAGGUAAGGUGGCCAGUAGGAGAUUUGCUGUUUUUGGUUGUUCCACACCAAAUAACUCAACUCACAGGGGGUUUGAUUAUGCAUUUUACCUGCCUUUAACUGCCAUGGCAUGGAACAGAAUCGGUUUCGAAAGUACAAUUCUAAUUAUCGGUGAAAAAACGGAGUGGCAAACUCACCCAAUUCUAUCGUACGUCCUCGACCAUCUUGAUAAACUCCCGGAUGUUACGGUGUUGUUCAUUCCAGCCAAGGUGGAAAAUCGAAUGAUGCUCAGCCAGACAGCCAGGAUCUUUGUCGCCAAUAUGGAUGAUUUUCCAGGCAAACUGUCCGACUACAUCAUCACGACAGAUUCGGAUUUGUGGCCUCUGAAGAAAGAACAUUUUAUCCAACCAGAGGGGAGCAACCGGCCGUUAACUCUGGUGCACAGUCAAUGCUGUGGCCCGUUCAAAUUUGAUGGACGAAACUAUACAAUGUUACCAAUGAGUCAUGUUGGAGCCAGUGCUGCAACAUGGAAGGAGAUUGUUAAUUUCAAUUCUUCUGUAGUGGCAAACGAUUCAGCAAGUAUUUUAGAAUACCUAAAGCAAGUUUUUGGUGAACGAGUUCAUCGACCUAUAAUAUUUGCCUCAGAAGAUUGGUACUUUGACCAAAAAUUGAUCAGCAUCCGUGUCGAUCAAUGGAUUAAGCGACAGCAGGAGGAAAAUUGCACGUACAGAGUAUCGGACCAGGGAUUGAGCCGGAUUGAUCGCAGUUCCUGGAAUCCGGAUAGUAUCCAACCCUCUGUUUUCCAAAAUUAUUAUGAUACACAUUUACCUUUGGAGGGAUUUAAGCCAGCAGUUUGGGAAUCAAUUAAGCCCCUUGUUCUUCUUAUGUAUAGUGAAGGCUCAUCCCAAAUCGAAUGGUCCAAUGCUUACGCAAAAAGGUUCCAUGAACAGUUUAUUAAAUGGAGAUUAAGGACUUCAAAAUAAAUGUCCUAAAAAUACACUUUAUUGAAUUA